AUGGCAAAUAAACCCGGAGGCCGUGCGCCUCCGUCGUCUUCCUCUUCUUCCUCUUCUUCCUCGUCUUCCUCCUCUUCUCUGCAGUUUUCUUCCGGCUUCGAUGCGCAAGAUGUGAAGCGCCUUGCGAAGUCGUCGACGGCAGGAAGGCGGCGGGCAGAGCCUCGCACGUGGGAUCACGAAGUCCGAAACAAUUUCCUCAAGGGGCUGCAGAAAGUGCAGGAGAACUGGUCAAAUCGCGCGCGCGGACUGACUCGAGACACCCGCGCGACAACCGAGAACGUUCUCGACAGUCGCACCUGCAAGCUGAUUGAAAAAAUCAUGAAGCGAAACGCCCUCACCUCCGUCUGCGGCACGAUUAGCACCGGAAAAGAAGCGAAUGUCUACUUCGUCGCUGGACCCAAAGACCUCUCCAAAGGAGAGGAAAAAGAAGGGAAAGAAGACAAGGAGGAGGAAGAAGAAAAAGAAGAGAAAGAAGAAAAGGAGGAGGAAGAAGAAAAGGAGGAGGAAGAAGAGAAGGAAGAGGAAGAAGAAAAGGAAGACUGUGGGAUAGGAGGCGAGGAAGCCUCGAAGGCGGCUGCGAGUCAGACGGCGAAGGCGGACGAAACGGGCGAGGAAGCUCCAGCCCUCAGUUGGAGGCCUUUUGUGUUGAAGGUUUACAGAACCUCGAUUCUCGCCUUUCAAGACCGCAGCCAAUACGUGCAGGGAGACCAUCGCUUCGAACGCGCGUACACUCGGUGUCGCAACCCUCGGAAGAUGGUGGUGAACUGGGUGAUGAAGGAGUUCCGAAAUCUCCUCAGACUGCAUGCGGCAGGCGUGCCAUGUCCCUUGCCAGUCGACGUCUCGGCGCACGUCCUGCUGAUGGCUUUUGUCGGGUUCGCCGCCGACGCGCCUCCGACGCGUGCACGACCCUCCGCGGUCGAGCACCCCUCGAGGGAGAUGGAGACUCCCGAGACCGCAGAGCCCGCCGAGGGUGCGACAGAUCGCGGGACAGAAGGCGCCCCGUCUGUGCAACGCGAAACUGGGUUCUCAAUCGGGAACCGAGAAGAAGACGCGCGCGAUGGAGCUGGUGCGCCUCUCCUCUACGCAGCCGCUCCGCGCCUCAAAGAUUUGACGUCCGCUUUCUGCUGCCAUGCCGCCGCCUCGGCCUCCCUACACGCGUGGGAAACUCUCUACGUCCAAGCAGUGACGCUGCUUCGAUGGCUCUUCCAGGAGUGCCGCGUCGUCCACGGGGAUCUGUCGGAGUACAAUUUGCUCUUCCACGUCUCGGGUCUGUUCGUGAUUGACGUCGGACAGGCUGUCAACUUUGACCAUCCCCAGGCGCUGGACUUUCUGAAGCGCGACUGUCGCAACGUGAACCGGUUCUUCAAGCAGCACAUCCUCCACGUUCGCGAGAAGAAGGCGAGGCGCGCACGCGAAGAGAAGACGCGGGGCGAAGCCAGCGGCGAGGCGGAGACUGAAGAGAAACGCGAAGCCUCGCCAGAGAGUGAGGAGCGGGGCGACGCGAGUUGCCAGUGUCUCUACGCGAGAAGAGAGAGGGACCGAAGGUGCGAGCUCCACAGGGAACAGAAGGCAAGCGCGGCGAAGGCCGAGAAUCCAUCGGGAGGCGAACUGAACACAUCCUUCCGGUAUACCUGGCAGCCUGCGAGGAGAAAUGACCUUGUCUCCGACUCGUCGCUGUCUCCUCACAGCACGCAGCGUCCGCUCUUUCCUCCUCUGCCCGGCUCUGUGACUUGUCCCGAGGACUCUCCUCACGAAGGCGGCGCGCACGCAGGCCUUUCUCUGUUCUCUCUGCGCCGCUUAUUCGAGUUCGUCGUGAGUCCGAACCUGCCUGAGCCCCUGGACCGGGUGUACAGACAGCUGGUGGCGACCCACGAGGGCGCGUGGCGGGGCGAGACCGCGGCAUGCGAAGGUGCACUCUGCGAGAAAGACGAAGGCGAGGAGACAGGGGCGAGGUCUCAGCCACGCGAACGGUGCGUCGGGCAGGCUGGAGACGAGUCCCUGCUUGUCGGUGAGGCUCGAAACGCGCAAGAGGCGACUCGAGGCGCCAUGCAGAGUCCCUCUGUUCGCGUGUCCGGGAAACUGCAUGCGGCGUCUUCGUAUCGCGACUCGGCCUCGAUGGCGAAAAGCAGCCACGCGACGCAGCAGAGACACCUCGUUUUGCUCGCGGAAGCCGUCGGGCGCUUUCUGCAGGAAGAAGCGGAGAACCAGCGAGAGGCACAAGACGAAGAAGAGGAAGAGGAAGAAGAGGAGGAAGAGGAAGAUAGCGGCGAGAGGGACAGCGCCUUUUACGAUCGGAGCGGGGAAGGCGGCGAUGAGGCGGAGUUUGCAACAUCGGAUGAUGAAGACGAGGUGUUUAUGAACACGUGGAUUCCGAGUCACUUAGCUCAAGUCUGCGACCGGCGCCUACUGGACAGCAUUCUCUCGCAAGUGUCGAGGCAGGGCCUGAAGACUGGAAAGAGGCGAGGCGGCGGGGAGGCAGACUCGGCUCUCAACAAGCUGCUGGAAAUGCACGCGCUUUUGCUCGGGAGAAACGAACGCGAGACAGAGCUGAGCGAGGUCGACGAGGCGAGUCAGGAAGGCGAAAUGGAGGCAGGGGCGAGGAAACAGGAAAAGAGCCUGACGCGAGAAAAGAGACAGGAGACCGUGGAAGAGACAGAGGAAGAGACAGAGGGAGACUUGCGGUGCAACGACGCGUUGGGGAAGAGCAAGGAGAGGAGGCAGGGAACAACGAGUACGUCGGAUUCGGAGAACUCGCAGGACGGCGAAGAGCGGGGCGAGGGCGACGAAGUGUUCCGAGGCAUCAUUCCCGAGGGUAUCGACCGCAAAACUUGGAAGAAGAUGGUCAAGGAGCAGAACCGCGAAAAACGCAAGUACAAAAUCGCCAAACACCUCAAGAAGAAGUACAGGUCCAAGGCAGCUAAUCGAUAG